GUUUGGCUGGAUUGGAAAGCAAUGUUAAAAAGGCACAACAUGUUCUUUUAGAACGUUGCCUUAACGCAUCAUUUCAAGAACUUAUGGGAUUUUUUGAUGAGCUCUUAAGUGUCUUAUGCCAAUAUCCUGAUAUUUACAUUCCAACUUUAAAGACUUACCUUUCAUAUCUUUAUGGAAAGUAUUCAUGUAAUAGCGAUAGUAGGAUUUCAAAUUUUACCUCAAUGCUGAUCACUAUUGUCAUGGUUUCGAAUAAUAAGCAAACAAUCCGGACGACUGAACGUGUCUUCGAUGAGAUUUUGGAUGCGCAUGGGGUUUUUAGUAUUUGGAUUUCAGACAAAUCUGGUUGUCGCUGCAUAAAGCGAAUUUUGUUUGAAUUCAAUAUGAUAGAAAUGAUCGAUCCUAAUAAGGCACUGAGAGCAGUAGAUAUGGUUGCAUCUCUCGUGGAAAAUUGUUCAGAUCACAUUAAUGGCAUAUCACAACUACCAGAAAAGCUUUCUGAAUAUAAGGCUUGCACGGCAUUGCUGGAAACACUAACAAGUUAUCAGGAUGCUCAAAAUUUAAAUAGGGGAAAUAGCAUCUCCAAGCCUAUGAUAAUA